AUGGACGCCCAGACCUGGCGCGUGGGCGUUCGUUGUCUCCUCCUCCUGGCUCUCCUCGGGUCUUCCCCGAGCGAGGGAGUGGAGACCUGCGAAGAAGUUCGGAAACUUUUCCAGUGGCGGAUCGUGGGAGCUGUCAAGGGGCUGCCAGACUCGCCGCGGGCAGGAGCUGAUCUUCAGGUUUGCAUAUCUGAGAAACCAACAUGUUGCACCAGGAAGAUGGAGGAGAGAUAUCAGAUUGCUGCUCGUCAAGAUCUGCAGCAGGUCCUCCAAGCAUCCAGCGCUGCGUUAAAGUUGCUAAUAUCUCGAAAUGCAGCUGCUUUCCAAGAAACCCUUGAAACUCUCAUCAAACAAGCAGAAAAUUACACAAGCAUACUUUUUUGCAACACCUAUAGGAACAUGGCCUUAGAGGUGGUUGUUUCCAUUCAGGAAUUCUUCACUGAUGUAGGCCUCUAUUUGUUUGGUGCAGAUGUUAAUCUUGAGGAAUUUGUGAACAGAUUUUUCGACAGCCUUUUUCCUCUGGUUUACAACCAUCUCAUCAACCCUAGUGUGACUGAGAGUUCCCUGGAAGACUCCGAAUGCCUCCGCAUGGCCCGCCGAGAAGUUAGUCCAUUCGGCAAUGUUCCCAAAAGAGUCAUGGGGCAGAUGGGGAGGUCACUGCUGCCCAGUCGCACGUUUCUGCAGGCACUGAAUCUGGCCAUUGAAGUCAUCAACACCACGGACCAUCUGCACUUUUCCAAAGAGUGCAGCAGAGCCCUCCUGAAGAUGCAGUACUGCCCUCACUGCCAGGGCCUGAGUCUCAGUAAACCCUGUAUGGGAUACUGCCUGAACGUGGCCAGGGGCUGCUUGGCCCACAUGGCGGAGCUUAAUCCACACUGGCACGCGUACAUCCGGUCCCUGGAAGAGCUGUCCGAUGCCAUGCACGGAACCUACGACGUGGAACACGUACUCCUGAACUUCCACUUGCUCGUCAAUGACGCUGUGAUGCAGGCUCACCUCAAUGGACAAAAGUUAUCUGAACAGGUGAAUAAGAUUUGUGGCCACCAAAUAACCAUGCCGACACAAAGCCCCCGGUGUUCUUUUGAUCUCAGCAAAGAGAAGCAUGGGAUGAAGAUCUUUGCAAGGAAUGGUGAAGAGACUCUUGCCAACAGAAGAAAAGAAUUUAUCAACAGCCUUCGACUGUACAGGUCAUUCUAUGGUGGCCUGGCUGAUCAGCUUUGCAUUAAGGAAUUAGCUGCUGCUGAUGGACUACCCUGCUGGAAUGGAGAAGCUGUGCAAAGCUAUACUCAGCGUGUGGUUGGAGGUGGAAUGAAAGCCCAGUCUGGAAAUCCUGAAGUCAAAGUUAAAGGAACAGAUCCUGUGAUAAAUCAGAUAAUUGACAAGCUGAGGCAUGUAAUUCAGUUGUUACAGGGUCGAUCACCCAAACCUGACAAGUGGGAAGUUCUUCACAUGGGCAGUGGAGGUGGCACAGUUGAGCAGAUCAGCGGUGACUGUGAUGACGAGGACGGCUGUGGGGGCUCAGGGAGCGGCGAGGUCAAGAGAACGCUGCAAAUCACAAACUGUGAGUGA